ACCAUUAUCGCUAAACCAUGUGGAAUAUUUCUGUCCACUAAACAAAUCUCAUUUAAGUCAAAGUUGCAGUCUUUUUCCAGUUACUAAUAGCUUCUCGAAAGCACUUUGGAACCUCCAGAACCAGAAAUCACUCCAAGCAAGACUCACAACAUGGCUUCUGUCCCCCUCUCUUCGCCUUUUCAGAGUUUAACCCACUUCAAAAUUAAUCCCAAUUCUGUUUAUUCCUCUCCUUCCAUGGCUUUCUUUGUUCCAUCAGUCAAAUCCUCACUCGGGUCCUCUAAAUCAGCUUUUUUACAACAUGGGUUCUCUUUGCAAUUGGCAACUUCUUCUGGGUUCUUCUCAAAGGCUCGAUCUUUUUGUGUUUCUGCAAGAGCAGCUACUGAGAAAUCUAUCCAUGAGUACACUGUAAAGGACAUUGAUGGGAAAGACGUACCGCUCAGCAAAUUUAAAGGGAAAGCUUUAUUGAUUGUCAAUGUUGCUUCAAAAUGUGGUUUGACAUCCUCAAAUUACACAGAACUCUCACAUCUUUAUGAGAAGUACAAGACUCAAGGAUUUGAAAUUCUAGCUUUCCCUUGCAAUCAAUUUGGAGGGCAAGAGCCCGGGUCAAAUCCUGAGAUAAAAAAUUUUGCUUGUACCAGAUACAAAGCAGAAUUUCCGAUAUUCGAUAAGGUGGAUGUGAAUGGACCAAAUACAGCUCCAGUUUAUCAAUUUCUCAAGUCAAGUGCUGGAGGAUUUUUAGGUGACCUGAUCAAAUGGAACUUUGAGAAGUUCUUGGUGGACAAGAAUGGUAAGGUCGUGGAGAGAUAUCCACCGACAACAUCGCCUUUCCAAAUAGAGGAUGCAGGUAGAAUCAGACACUGAUGAAUAGAAACACAAGAUCUACAUAUGAGCUUGCCAUGCAUUACAAGAAAAAAUGUCUUUUGCAAGUUAAGCAAGAAACAGCUUCUAAAAAAUAAACUUUAUGAUAUCAUUAAUCAAAUUCUCCCCUUCUACAGAAGGACAUUCAGAAGCUUGUUGCGGCAUAAAUGCUGUUGAGACUUGAAGCUGUUGUUAGAUUGGCUGAAGAGGAUAAUAAAAUAACUCGAUGUAUG